AUGACGGUCUGCAGGUAUGAGAGUCACUCAGUGCUCUCUCUGUGCCUCUCCGCCAUGCGGUACUGCAGGUAUGAGAGUCACUCAGUGCUUGUGCUGUGCUCUACCGCCAUGCUGGUCUGCAGGUAUGAGAGUCCACGGAGAGUGGCUCUCUGUGCCUCUCCCCCCAUGCUGGCACUGAGUGAUUCUCAUACCUGCAGACCAGCAUGGCGGAGAGGGGUGCUGGAUGGAGUUGUACCUUCAGAGAGGAUUCAAAGGUUUUGUGUGCCCGCUGACAACCAGAUCAGAAAACAUGUGUUUGUGAACACUCUGAAGAGCUGGUCUGAAGCUCAGAGCUACUGUAGAGAGAAUCACACAGACCUGGCCACUGUGCGCAGCCAGGAAGAAGCAAAGCAGCUCUUCAGUAUUCCAGGAGUGUCUCUCAUUGAUACUGCCUGGAUCGGGCUGUAUCGUGAUGACACACAGAACUGGCAGUGGUCUAACGGCUAUAAUGUCAUCUACAAAAACUGGACGGAAAACCUCUUCUGUGUUUCAAUCAAUUCAGUGGGACAGUGGGAGGACAGAGUCUGCGGUGAGAUGAGCGCUUUCAUGUGCUACCAAGAGACCAACAACAUCGCUAAGAGAUACACCCUGAUUCAAGAACUGAAAACCUGGACUGAAGCUCAGCAGUACUGUAGAGAAUACCACACAGAUCUCGUCAGUAUAAAGAACGCCAGUGAAAAUGAAGACCUAGUGAGGAAAGCACAGGGCGUGCCCUUCUGGAUAGGCUUGUUCAAUGAGCCCUGGAAGUGGUCACACCAGGGGGAUAACUACACAUUUCACUACUGGAAAAUUUUGGAACCAAAUAAUUGGGAAGGCAAACAGAAAUGUGUGAGGAUGUUCAACAGCGGUGAAUGGGGUGACAAAGAAUGUGACUUGCUGUACCCCUUCUUCUGCUAUGAUGAUGCAAUCCCCUCAGACCCUCCUUCAACGCCGCUCUCUGAAGAAGCAGAAUCCUCGAGCCCCCCUUCCAUUCCAGUCUCUCAAGAUGCAAUCCCCUCAGACCCUCCUUCAGCGCCGCUCUCUGAAGAUGCAACCCCCUCAGACCCUCCUUCAACACCGCUCUCUGAAGAAGCAGAAUCCUCGAGCCCCCCUUCCAUUCCAGUCUCUCAAGAUGCAAUCCCCUCAGACCCUCCUUCAGCGCCGCUCUCUGAAGAUGCAACCCCCUCAGACCCUCCUUCAACACCGCUCUCUGAAGAUGCAAUCCCCUCAGACCCUCCUUCAACGUCGCUCUCUGAAGAUGCAACCCCCUCAGACCCUCCUUCAACACCGCUCUCUGAAGAUCCCAAAACCACAAGCCCCCCUUCCACUCCGAUCUCUCAAGAAGCAGAAUCCUCGAGCCCCCCUUCCACUCCGGUCUCUCAAGCAGGCACUCCAGUCCCUGAGGCGCUCCACCUGAUCUCUCACAGUAUGGUCUGGCCGGAGGCUUGGCAGUACUGCAAGGAUCGCUACACUGACCUAGUGAGCCUCACAGGCCUGGCUGCACAGAACAGAGUGUCGGAGCUCGUCAGGAACAGCACUGCGUCCCGAUUCUGGAUCGGCCUGCACAGAACCGUCGUGUAUGAUAACUGGUACUGGGUUGCUGGUGAGGAUAAGAGGGCCCCCCUAAACUACACUAACUGGGCCCCUGGGGAGCCCAAUAAUCCUUACUAUGAGCACUGUGGAGAGAUGGUGCUGGGGGAGGAUGGGGGGGCUGAGUGGAAUGAUCUGUGCUGUUAUGAAAAGCUCCCCUUUAUCUGUUUCAGAGAAUACCAACACCUCUAAAAGUGGUUCUAAAACUCUCUAGUUGGGACCCCCUUUAAAGUCACUUUACAUUUUCUUUUACAAAAAUACUGAUAAAUGAUAGAGCUAUUUAACUUUUAAUAAAGUAACUAGAAGUGUUGUGUCUGACAGAGUUUGCAAUGCCAUGUCUGCUCUCUAUAAAGAGCUGCUGUAAUGCACAGGAGCCAUUGCGAAUGGCAGGUCUGCUUGUGAUGCGGUCGCUUGAAACGUUCCUGUGAACCACCAGGGGGUCCCAACCCCUAGAGGACCACUGUCUCCACAGAACCCAGAGCUUGACUAUAGGAGUAAUACACCAAAAUACUAUAGAAGAAAAUCUUUAAUGAUCUACAUUAUUCUGAUAUUUCAUUGUACUUGUUUACUAUCCUGUUGUGUGUGUUGUGUGUGAUUCUCUAUUGUUUCAAAUAAGAGCAUUAUCUGCUGUGCUGACUACCUACUCCAGCAAAAUGCCUCCUGUAAAGCCUCCUCAAUGCUGAUUGUAAUGAAGUGAGGUGGGGAAGCAUAAUAGUGUUGCAGUCUUCAGUGCUUCUCCUA